AUGGCAACAGAUGAUGAUGGUGCUCCCAAUUGGUCGGAACUAGUCCCGGACAUCUUGUCAUUGGUCUUCAAGCACUUGAGCUUUACAGAUUUUGCUAGAGCUAAGACUGUUUGUUCGUCGUGGUACUCUGCUUCCAAAUCAUCCUCACCUAGACAAAACCAUACUCCGUGGUUGCUUCUCUACGAAGACACGCACUGGCUCUUGUUUAAUUCGGAAGAAGGAAAGUUUUACAGAACGGAAUACUUUGGUCGCUUUGCCAAGUGUCGUGGCGUGGCCACUUGUGGGAGUUGGGUCUUGGUCUUUGACAAGGAAGUCAAUUUCUACAUCAUUAAUCCUUUCACCCCAAAGCUCAUUCGCCUCCCACCUCUAGAAUCAAACCGCAGCGCUGAGUUCCUUCAACAGCGCGGACAGGAUGUAACAGUGGGCACUGCGGUUUUGUGGGUAGACGAAAAAACCGAAGACUACUUAGUUGUGUGGACAUACAUUUGGGGUUCGAUAUGUUAUUGCAGGAAAAGAGACCAAGAGUGGUUUGAGAUUCCGGAAAGCAGUGGGUGUUUGGAUAUGGCCUACAAAGACAAGAAGCUUUACAUUCAUACUUACGAUCGUAGCAUCAGAAUCUUGGACUUUUCUCUUGGAGACUUGCCAGGAGAAAUCUACAAUCAUCCACACGCCCAUCGACCUUCCGAUCCCAAGAUUGUUUUAGGUAUUAAGAGAAUGAAACUAACCAUGUCUGGAGAUGUUCUAAUGGUCCAACGCGGGAUAGGCAUUGACGACCUAAGAAUGAGGUUCCAAGUCUACAAGAUGGGUAGCACUAGAGAAUACUGGGACAAAGUGAGUUCUGGGAAGAAGAAGGAUGUGCUUUGGAUGGCAGGGUGUGGCAAUGCUGCGUACUGGGAGAGAGUGCAUUCUUUGGAGAACGAGGAAGCGUUGCUUUGGGAUUUGAGCGUCACUUUACCAACAAAAGGUGUAUCCGGAAUCAAGAAAGAUUCCAUUUACUACUGUCACACUUCUAGUUCAUCAUCUAUUCGGGAUGUCGCUGCCUAUGAGAUUGCUACGCACAAGAUCUCUGCAUAUGAGAUUCCUAAGCAGACGAUCGAACCUUCUCAACAUCGUGGUCUUUUAUUUGGAGAGGCUCGUUGGUUCGUUCCUUGCUUUGCUGAUGGGGAAUAAGCCGCACUAUAUUAACUCUAUAUCGGUUAGGUUCAGAUAGUACUUAUAACUAGAAGAAGGCUUCAUCCAUUAACCAUGUUUUGUUUGAUUGUUCUCUGACACCUCGAAAUGAGUUUGAAGAUCAAGUAGCUACUACAUUCAGCAACCUCAUACGGUCUUACAAACCAUUUAUCGAGUUGCUUUAUUUUUCUUAGUUUUGGACUCAACUAUGGCUAUAUCUUUCUUUAAAUUAUGCUUGUAGAUUUUGGAUAAAGCAAUGCUUUUCUGAUUUCCAUAUUUAAUAAAUGCAUUCUUCGUUGAGAAAAUAAAACAACAACUGAGAAUUCAAAUCCUUCUACUUU